AUGUCUUGUUUUAUUCCUUCAGUUAAAGCUGUCAAAGCUGGCUGCAGUAGCCAUACUACCUCAUUUCAAGCCCAAUCAUCCCCUGCAAAGUCAACCUACAAGUCUGGCACCACCAAACUCCCAGUCAUCAUCCCCGAAAAUUGGUACGACGAGGCUUCUGACUCCGAGAAGUCGCUAUUUGGUUCACAUGACCAUCCCUCAGUCGCAGUCAAAGCCCUCCGUGCAAGGCAAUUCUUCAGGAGAAUUUCCACUCUCGCUACUGAUAUAGUAUUCUUCUACCCUGACGGGCCCAGAGACUGGGAGGUGGACAAGCUCCAGUACAGCUUUAUGUGGAUGUUGCAGGACCUGUAUAAAGAACGCGAAGGAGAGAAAGAAUAUCCUACUGACUGGGUGCAGGAUCUACCAAAUGACGAAAAGGCCUGCGUUGAAGGACUAGCUGACAUCUUGGGAGAGGAAUUCACUAUUACUUCUGAUAGCGAAGCGAAUUGGGAGGAGCAUGAGAGUCGAGUGGGAGAGUACCUUGAUGGUUUUGAUCCUAUCCCUGAGGAGGACCAGGGACUCGAAGAAUUGGAUUUGCUGGAGGAUUAG